AUGAUGCGGUCUGGCCUUAUAUCGAUGAUCUAUGACCAGACUAUCGACCUGACUGCGGCUGAUUUGACUGACUCCGCAGCUAUCACAUUAAUGGGCACUGAUGUGGAACGAAUAGUGGCUAAUUUGAAGAACUUGCAUGAGGCAUGGGCAUCCAUCAUAGAGUUAGGCAUUGGGAUUUGGUUGUUAGAGCGCGAGAUCGCGAUCGCCUGCUUUGUACCUCUCGUCAUCUCACUAGCAAUGGUCCCAGUGUCAAAAAGAUCUGGACAGGCGCAAAAACAAUGGAUUGAGCGAGUACAAAAGCGGCUUGCAGUGACAGCAAACACGUUAGGAAAUAUGAAGGCUGUACAAAUGCUCGGGUUGGGCAAUGUUAUCUUACCGUUGGUGUCACAUCUGCGUGAAAUCGAAGUGAAAACUUCUCUUACUUUCCGAAAGUUGCUGAUAUGGCAGGUUGCGCUCUCCAACUUGCCUGUUGUCCUCGCUCCCUUUGCUACAUUUACAAUUUACGCGAUAAUAUCCGUUGUACGACACGAUGGGUCAAUCCUUUCUGCUCAGGCAUUCACAUCCCUCGCUUUGAUUUCUCUUCUCACAAAUCCCCUACUCAUAUUUUGCCAAGCCAUGCCCUCACUCUGGCAGGCUGUCGCUUGCUUUGACAGGAUUGAAGCAUAUUGUGGGAAGGGGAGCUCUUUAUCUACAAAAUAUGAAGAGGAGGUUCAGCCAUUACUGACGCCCGAAAAAUACUAUCCAUUCUUGAUCUCAUUCCAAAAUGCAAACAUAGCCUGGUCCCCAGAAAAAGAACCUGUGCUUUGCAAUCUCACUGUUGAUAUCCCCCAGGGCAUUACUAUGCUCAUCGGUCCUGUCGGAUGCGGGAAGUCAACUCUGCUGGAGAGCAUUCUUAACCAGCACAUGGUGACAAAUGGUUCCAGAACAGCCUCAUUCUCAAGAGCGGCCUAUUGUCCACAGAUCCCAUGGAUCAGGAACGACACAAUUCGGAACAAUAUCAUCGGAUUCAUGGAAUUUGAUCAGACAUGGUAUGAUUUUACAUGCGCAGCGUGUGGCCUGCAAGACGACCUCGACACUCUUUCAGAUGGUGACAUGCAUCUGGCUGGAAGCAGCGGAAUCUCACUUAGUGGAGGCCAAAAGCAGCGAAUUGCGCUCGCCCGAGCAGUCUACUCUAGACUUGACGUGAUUAUUUUAGACAAUGUGUUCAGCGGGCUAGACUCGACGAGAAUUGCUCUUAUCACGGACCAGCUUUUUGGCAAAGACGGCCACUUUAAAAAACGGGGGAUAUCGGUUAUUCUCGUCAUGAGUACCUAUCAGUUGCUUGUGCAUGCGGAUCAAAUCCUGAUGAUGGACGAAGGAAAGGUUACAGCAUCGGGGUCAUACAAUGAGAUGCUUUCUAAGGAACCGAACAUUGUCUCAAAACUUCAGAAGCCAACGUCUGAUCCUCUUCUUGCAACGGCAGAGAUAUCAAAUUCUGGCCUCGCUGUUGUGCCAAAAAAAGCUCACACCAGAAUUUCUGUGGAAACAACCGACGAUAAAAAUAUCAUCCAUGUUAAGCGUCAAGGGAAUUGGCCCGUGUACAAAUACUACUUUCGGAGCGCAGGAUACGGUCUUCUGGUUUCGUUUUUGGCAUUCACUGUUGUUGAGGCUUUCUGUACCAGCUUUCAAGCGCUAUGGAUUCAAUGGUGGGUCGAGGCAAAUGAAGAGCAACCUAACAAGCAACUAGGGAUGUAUCUCGGUGUUUACGGCUUGAUACUUGGAUUGACAUUUUUGAGUCUCGUUGCUGGCUGCUGGUUGCUCUUCGUUCGAGCUCUCAAUAACACUUCGUUGAAUUUGCAUUCCGAUCUUCUCCAAACAGCGUUUAGGGCACCGAUCAGCCUCUACCAAAGUGUAGACACCGAUUUUGUUGAUGUUUUUAUCAAGAUUAUUAUUAUCUGUGCGAUGGGCAGAUAUCUGGCAGCCUCAAUCCCAUUUUUAGGGGUGGUUCUAUUCUUCCUUCAGUCAUAUUACCUGCGCACAUCCAGACAGGUCCGAUUGCUGGAUAUUGAAGCUAAGGCGCCUCUCUACACACAAUUUCUCGAGACAAUCCAGGGCAUAUCAAGCAUUCAAGCCUUUAACUGGGGCCCCCAGAUGCGAGAGAAAAGCCACAGCCUUCUAAACCGAUCGCAGCGACCUGUCUACAUGCUUUACAGUAUCCAGCAAUGGCUGAUUCUGGUUUUGGAUUUGGUCGUAGGGGCCAUCGCAGUCAUUUUGAUUGCCAUGAUCACAUCCCUGAGAGAUCAAUUCAAUGGAGCAUCCAUUGGGGUUGCACUUAACAUUCUACUGACACUCAAUCAAACUUUGGCGAAUGCUCUCAAGAUGUGGACCAUGACUGAAAUCUCUGUCGGGGCUGUAUCGCGCGUGAAACGCUUCAUAGAAGACACUCCCUCGGAAGAAAGCCGCGUGGGAUCUCUAAUUGCUCCUCAAUUGCCGCAUGUCUGGCCUUGCAGUGGUGCGGUGGAGCUCACGGACGUGACUGCUGGAUAUGACCAUUCAACCACUCCGGCGGUCCUCAAAAGCCUUACGAUAAGUAUCAAGCCUGGGGAGAAAAUUGCAGUUUGCGGACCAUCCGGAAGUGGAAAGACAUCACUUAUCAUGGCGAUACUGCAGAUGCUUGACCUUCAGUCUGGGCGUAUCAGCAUAGACGGUGAAGACCUCGCUGAGAUCUCGAGAAGCACAGUCCGAUCGCGUAUCAACGUUGUCCCCCAAGAUCCAUUUUUUAUGCCAGGCACCCUCCGGUUCAACCUUGAUCCUUGCCAGUCCGUGGUAGAUGCGGAACUGAUCCGUGCCGUCGAAAAGGUGGGCCUCUGGGAUCGAGUUCGUGCCAAAGGGGGUUUGGAUAUGGAGUUCUCUGCUGCGGACUGGUCGGUCGGGCAGCGGCAAUUGCUUGCCUUGUCUCGAGCCCUUGUAAAGAAGAGUGCCUUGUUGAUCUUGGAUGAGGCUACAAGCAGUGUCGAUUGGGAAACGGAGGCAAUCAUGCAGGAUAUCAUCGAGAAGGAAUUUUCUCAACAAACUAUCAUUGCGGUGGUGCAUCGGCUUCGUUAUAUUCAUUGGUUCGAUCGGGUGAUGUUGCUCAAGUAUGGGGAACUUGUGGAGUGCGAUAGAGCUGAAGUGUUGCUACAGAGAGAUUCGGAAUUACGGAAGCUAUAUUUGGCUUUCCAAGAGCUGCCUACUGAUGGUAUUUAG